CGAGUCACUUUUCUCGUAGCUCGCAAACCCAGCGGUGGCGCCACGACUGUCGUCGCGUGCAGGAGGGCCGACUGAAAAGGCAGCAACAAAAUGGUUCAGCAAGUUCCAGAAAACAUAAAUUUUCCUGCUGAAGAAGAAAAAAUCUUGCAGUUCUGGUCCGAAUUUAAUUGUUUUCAGGAAUGCUUAAAGCAGUCAAAACACAAGCCAAAAUUUACGUUCUAUGAUGGGCCUCCUUUUGCAACUGGACUGCCUCACUAUGGACAUAUACUUGCAGGGACAAUUAAAGAUAUAGUUACCAGAUAUGCUCACCAGAGUGGGUUUCACGUUGACAGAAGGUUUGGAUGGGAUUGUCACGGCUUACCUGUGGAAUAUGAAAUUGAUAAGACACUGGGGAUCAGAGGACCAGAGGAUGUAGCCAAAAUGGGGAUCGUAGAGUAUAACAAUCAGUGCCGAGCAAUUGUGAUGAGAUAUUCCACUGAGUGGAAGUCUACUGUUACCAGACUUGGCCGAUGGAUUGACUUUGACAAUGACUACAAAACUCUGUACCCACAAUUCAUGGAAUCUGUCUGGUGGGUCUUCAAACAGCUCUAUGAUAAGGGCCUUGUGUACAGAGGUGUGAAAGUCAUGCCCUUCUCCACCGCAUGCAACACUCCACUCUCCAACUUCGAGUCUCACCAGAACUACAAGGAUGUACAAGACCCUUCAGUGUUUGUAACUUUCCCUUUGGAGGAAGAUGAAAAUGUGUCUUUGGUGGCUUGGACAACCACUCCCUGGACUCUCCCAAGUAACCUUGCCCUGUGUGUUAAUCCAGAUAUGCAGUACGUGAAGAUUAAAGAUGUCAUCAGAGGAAAAUUGCUCAUUUUAAUGGAAGCCAGAUUACCAGCCCUGUAUAAACUGGAAACUGACUAUGAAGUCCUUGAAAGAUUUCCUGGUUCCUGUCUCAAAGGCAAGAAGUACAGGCCCCUGUUUGACUAUUUUGUGCAGUGCAAGGAGAACGGCGCUUUCACGGUGCUCACCGACAGCUACGUGCGGGAGGAGGAGGGCACUGGAGUGGUGCACCAGGCUCCGUACUUUGGUGCUGAUGACUAUCGGGUCUGUAUGGACUUCAGCAUCAUUCAGAAAGACUCUCCUCCUGUUUGCCCUGUGGAUGCUUCAGGCUGUUUCACAGCAGAAGUGACAGAUUUCACAGGACAGUAUGUGAAGGAUGCUGACAAAAACAUCAUCAGGACCCUGAAGGAAAAAGGCCGACUUCUUGUUGCUAGCACCUUCACUCACAGCUACCCUUUCUGCUGGAGGUCGGACACCCCACUCAUUUACAAAGCAGUGCCUAGCUGGUUCGUACGGGUGGAGCACAUGGUGGACCAGCUGUUGAAGAACAAUGACCUGUGUUACUGGGUCCCAGAGUUUGUGCGAGAAAAGCGAUUUGGAAAUUGGCUAAAAGAUGCACGUGACUGGGCAAUUUCCAGAAACAGAUACUGGGGCACCCCUAUCCCCCUGUGGGUCAGUGAUGACUUCGAGGAGGUAGUAUGCAUUGGAUCAAUGGCAGAGCUUGAAGAACUGUCAGGAGCGAAGGUCUCUGAUCUCCACAGAGAGAGCAUUGACCAUCUGACCAUCCCUUCCCGUUGUGGGAAGGGGGUGUUGCGUCGUAUCUCUGAGGUGUUUGACUGUUGGUUCGAGAGUGGCAGCAUGCCCUAUGCUCAAGUUCAUUAUCCAUUUGAAAACAAGAGGGAGUUUGAUGAUGCAUUUCCUGCAGACUUCAUUGCCGAAGGCAUUGACCAAACCAGAGGAUGGUUUUACACCCUGCUGGUGCUGGCCACGGCUCUCUUCGGACAGCCGCCUUUCAGGAACGUGAUUGUGAACGGGCUCGUCCUGGCCAGUGAUGGCCAAAAAAUGAGCAAGCGAAAAAAGAAUUAUCCAGAUCCACUUUCAAUCAUCCAUAAAUAUGGUGCUGACGCCCUCAGAUUAUAUCUGAUCAACUCCCCUGUGGUGAGAGCAGAAAACCUCCGCUUUAAGGAGGAGGGUGUGCGUGAUGUCUUGAAGGACGUGCUGCUCCCGUGGUACAACGCCUAUCGCUUCUUCAUCCAGAACGUGCUGAGGCUGCAGAAGGAGGAAGAAAUGGAGUUCCUGUACAAUGAGAACACGGUUAAAGAAAGUGCCAACGUGACAGACCGCUGGGUCCUAUCCUGCAUGCAGUCGCUGGUUGGGUUCUUUGAGACCGAGAUGGCAGCUUACAGGCUCUAUACUGUAGUGCCUCGCCUGGUCAAGUUCGUGGAUGUCCUAACCAACUGGUACGUCCGGAUGAACCGCAGAAGGUUGAAGGGCGAAAACGGGGUGGAGGACUGUGUCAUGGCCCUGGAGACCUUGUUCAGUGUUCUGCUGUCUCUGUGCAGGCUCAUGGCCCCCUAUACACCUUUUCUUACCGAGUUGAUGUACCAGAAUCUAAAGCUGCUGAUUGACCCCGGUUCUGUCCAGGACAAGGACACACUCAGCAUCCACUACCUCAUGCUGCCCCACGUUCGGGAGGAGCUGAUUGACAAGAACACGGAGAGCGCGGUCUCUCGGAUGCAGUCUGUGAUUGAGCUUGGGCGAGUGAUUCGAGACCGCAAAACCAUUCCGAUAAAGUAUCCUUUGAAAGAAAUUGUGGUUAUCCACCAGGAUCCAGAAGCUCUCAAUGAGAUCAAAUCUCUGGAGAAGUAUAUCAUUGAGGAGUUGAAUGUUCGCAAAGUUACACUGUCUACAGAUAAAAACAAGUAUGGCAUUCGCCUAAGGGCAGAACCUGACCACAUGGUCCUGGGCAAGCGGCUGAAGGGAGCCUUCAGGACGGUGAUGAUGGCCAUCAAGCAGCUAAGCAGCGAGGAGCUAGAGCGUUUCCAGGAGACUGGGACCAUUGUUGUCGAAGGUCACGAGCUGCAUGAAGAGGACAUCCGCCUCAUGUACACCUUUGACCAGACAGCAGGAGGGACAACGCAGUACGAAGCGCACUCGGAUGCCCAGGCUUUGGUUCUCUUAGACGUCACCCCCGAACAGUCCAUGGUGGAUGAAGGAGUGGCUCGGGAGGUCAUCAAUCGCAUCCAGAAACUUCGCAAAAAGUGCAAUCUGGUUCCGACUGAUGAAAUAACAGUUUACUAUAAAGCUAAGUCUGAAGGAAAAUAUCUGAAUAAUGUUAUCGAAAGCCACACGGAGUUUAUAUUUGCCACCAUAAAGGCUCCCUUGAAACCAUACCCAGUUCCAUUAUCAGACAACGUCCUUAUUCAAGAAAAAACACAGUUAAAGGGAUCUGACCUGGAAAUUACACUCACCAGAGGAUCAUCCCCGCCUGGGCCUGCUUGUGCAUAUGUCAAUCUUAACAUUUGUACAAAUGGCAGCGAGCAAGCAUUGCACAGGAAGUUGGCAAGAAAAGGCUACAGAUCAGAAGGGAAGAAAUAAAACUGACCUGAGAUGAAGAGAACAUGACUGUCUACAUAGAAAAUCCCAAGUAGUCUACAGAUUGAUAUGUGUCCUGGUUCGCCCAUCAGCACCGUCACCAGCUAGUGCCAGGAUGGCCAUGUGUACUUUUGGGCCUGUGAUGAUGGCCCCCAAACUGCUAUUCAAGUUCUGUGAUGUGUGGCACGUAGCUGGUCCAUUGCUGCUGACAUUCUGGCUCACUCAUUGGAGACCAUCUGUGAUCCUGUGGAAGGAGGUGGUCAGACAGGCAGCAGAUGUGCAUUGUGAUGUCAACAAGGCCAGGGUUCUGUGUUGCUUUCAGUCCCAGGGAGCAAUGGAAUGAGCAGUGACCAGAUAUAUGGGGCCACUCCCAGUGCUGCCCCUUUUUGGGCCGAGUGGCCGAACAACUGAGAAGAAAAGCUCCCAACUCCAGCACAAGUGUUUUUUCCCGGCACCAUUACCACCACCUGCCUUCACAUGAUGUGCUAUGGUGUGUCCUUUACUCUCUGGCUGAAAGCACUCACAUUGCAAGAAAAAAACUACAAGUGAUCUUUAAAUUUAUUAUUUUAAAGUAUUUUUGGUGUUGUAUAUGCCUUUUGGGUUUGUAUAUUAAUUGGUGCAUUUUGUUUCUGGGUAAUUGAAUAAAAUUAUAUUGCUUAUAAAAAAUAAAAUUCAUCACAUUCACAAGAUAUGGCAAACAUAACAAAAAUCAAUUUAAUUUUUGUACACUAACAAUGAACACGUGGAGAAUGAAUUUUAAAGUGUAGUACCAUUUACAGUCUCUCAAAAAAGAGAGACUUAAGUGGAAAUCUAAUAAAACACGUACAGGACUUAUAUGCCCAAAUCUACAAAUUACUGAUGAAAACACAGAGAGAUGUGUCAUGUUCGCAGAUUGGAACAUUCGAUAUGGUAAACCCAUCAGUUCUCCCCAAAUUAAUACACAUGUUUAACUGCAUUCCUGUCAAACCUCAACAGUGUUUUUUGGUAGACAAAAUUAUAAAACCUAUCUGGAAAGAGAAAGGAAAUAAAUAGCUAAU